AUGUGGCAUGACGCGAUUCGUCUCGGUCUUGUACGAAUAUUUUAUCCAUGUUUAAUGAUAUUUGGUACAAUUGGUAAUGUAUUAUGUUUAAAAAUUCUUUUACGAAAACGUUUUCGUCGUCAAUCAACAUGUCAAUAUUUAUGUAUACUUGCUGUUAUUGAUAUUUUGUUUAUUUAUACAAGAUCAGCAAGAUAUUUAUAUCGAUAUAUAUAUAAUCUUGAUCUACGUAAUAGAUCAUUAUGGAUAUGUCGUUCAUAUAUAUUUUUUUCGUCAACACUUUCACAAUUAGCAUCAUGGAUACUUGUUGUUGUUAGUUUCGAUCGUUAUUUUAUUAUAAUAAAUAAACUCUCAUAUCGACAUGCAGGAUGGCGUGUAAUGAAAACAACAUUUAUUCUUAUUUUUAUUAUAUGUCUUCUUAACAUACAUUAUUUUUUUAUCCUAGGAACCGAUACAAAAUCAUUUUUUUCAUCUCUUCGAAUGCAGGACAAUACGUCGAACGAAACUUUUCCUGGUGACAAUCGUUUCUUAUGUAUGGCACAUCCAAAAUUUCAAUAUUUUUUUCAUUUAUAUCAACCAAUAUUUGAUUUACUUUUUGUUGCUAUUAUUCCAUUUCUACUUAUGAUAUUUACAAAUCUCGGUAUAAUAUGUACGACAAUGAAAACAAAUGCAUUACGUAUAACAUCUCGAAGACAAAAACGAAAUAAUCGUUUGACAAUUAUGUUAUUAUCAGUUAUACUAACAUUUAUAUUAUUAACAUGUCCAUCAGUUAUUUUAAUAUGUUUAAAUCGUUUAAUGUCAUACACAAUAUUUUCGAAUACGGAAUUACUUAUACUUGAUUUACUUGAAUCAUUAUGGUAUACGAAACAUGCAUUAAAUUUUAUUUUAUAUACAUUAAGUGGACAAGAUUUUCGAAGAGAAUUUUGUAAAUUAAUUUCUUGCUCAAAACAAACAGUAUCAGAUAAAAUACGUAAUCGACGACAAUGUCGACGAGGACGAGAAAGUCGUUUUUCUAUGAGUUCUUACGCUUCCACACAUCGAACAUCUUUGAUUGUCGUACAAUUAAAUAAAACAAAGACAAACGCAAAAAUAAGAAAAUCAUGGUCGAAAUAA